AUGGCGACAAUCAUUGGAUUAAGAACACCACCAGCAAACAAUUUAACACGCACAUUAGAAUAUUUAUGUAAUAAAGAAGAUCGAACAUGGAAAAAUAGAAAAUUUAAUCAAAUGCGACUGGAUGAAGUUAAUUGUACACAACGUAAUCAUGCUGUUUUUUGGUUACGAAAAGUUGCUGUAUCCAUGAAUUUUGGAAAUGAUACAUUUGCAUUAAGUGUUGAUUUAUUAGAUCGAUUUCUUGCAACAUUAAAGGUUCGUCCAAAAUUUUUGGAAUGUGUCGCCGUCGGCUGUUUGUAUAUAGCUGCUAAGAUAAAAGAAGAAGAUGAUAUGAUUCCAAUAACACCGGAAUUUGUGAUUGAUUGUAAUUCAUCCUGUUCAACAAAUGAAUUAUUAAGAAUGGAACGCUUAAUAUUGGAAAAGUUUGAAUGGUACGCUGAUCAUGUGACAUGUAUGGAUUUUAUGCAAAUUUAUUUUGUAUUAUUAUUACAAGUUGUAUGGGAAGAAAAUUUUGCAGAUAAACAUAUUAUCGAAAAAUAUACAGAACUGGAAAUAAAAUUAUCAAGUUGUCUUCAGCAUCAUCGUCUUGCAAGCUUUAAACCGCGUGUAUUAGCUUUAGCUUUGAUCAGUAUUGAACUUGAACAACAAUAUCAAACAAAUGCCGAUUGGUUAGCUUGUAUCAGUAAUUUACAAAGGCUUGCUAAGGUUGAAAGUGGUUCAUUAUUACAAUGUCGUGAAUUGAUUGUUCGAUUAUUAGUUUACAAAGCUGUGAGAUUAGAAUCAAGUGAUUUAGCGUUUAUCUCACGUUCUGCUACUAUUGUUAACGAUUAUAAUUUGUCAAGCAAACUUGUGAUGAAAUCAACUGAUGUCAUUAGUGUUGACAAUACGUGUGGUCGUCGUCCAACUUAUGCUGAUGUUGUUUCUGGUCGUGUACAAACAUCAUCAACAUCCCUUGUAUCGUGUGCAUCACAAGUACAAAAUGAAGAUCAAAAAAUCAUUACAUCACGGUCACGUACAACACAAAUAAAUCAUUAUAUCAAAACACAUUGA